AUGGCCUUGGACUCCCUUACAGGAUUUGCUACAUUGUUUGUAGAUGCUCCUGUAGUGUCAACUCUGUCAGGAUACCCCUUUUCAUUUCCUGUUUUGCCUUGUAGGGAGGAUCUCGUGCUUAUGAGGGUAGUAGCUCACUUUUUUUCUGGUGUUCAAAGCCUUUCAUCUAGUGCGCAAAGUACUCCUGAGAAAAAUGGUCAUUCAGAUGAUGCUUCAAGAAGUUCAGAACUUCUUCAGCAGUUCUUAAAACCUGGUCCUAAGAAGGAACUUCUACGGACUUGCUUUGAUAAGGACAAAAAGAACAUUUCUUCGAAAGGCAGGAUGAUUGAGACUAAGUCAACCAAUAAGAUUGUCAAGAAACAGGACUCCAAAAAAGUUUCUGGUGUCAGCAAUCAGUCUUCCCGGAAGCAACAUCGCAAAGGAGAAAAUCCUGUGCGUUUUGUACCAGUUCCUGACCCCCCUAGUGAUUUUGGACAUUCAAACUCCUGGAUUUGUAAGAAUUCUGCAUGUCGAGCAGUUCUCUCUAAAGAUGACACAUUUUGUAGAAGGUGCUCUUGCUGUAUUUGCCACCUUUUUGAUGAUAACAAGGACCCUAGCCUUUGGUUGGUAUGCACAUGUGAAUCUGCUCAAGGGGACUCCUGUGGAUUGUCUUGCCAUAUUGAGUGUGCUCUUCAACACGAAAAAGUGGGAGUUGUUGAUCAUGGACAACUGAUGCAACUAGAUGGUGGUUAUUGUUGUGCAUCCUGCGGUAAAGUUACUGGGAUACUUGGAUGUUGGAAGAAGCAGCUAAGCAUAGCAAAAGAUGCUAGACGUGUUGAUGUACUAUGUUUCAGGAUAUAUUUGAGCUACAGGCUUUUGGAUGGUACUUCAAGAUUUAAAGAAUUGCAUGAAAUGGUAAAAGAGGCAAAGGCUAAACUAGAAACUGAAGUUGGUCCAGUUAAUGGAGUUUCUGCCAAGAUGGCACGUGGGAUUGUCAGCAGACUCCCUAUUGCUAGUGAUGUUCAGAAACUCUGCUCUCUUGCUAUUGAGAAAGCUAACGAGUGGUUGGCCACUGUUCCCAAUGUAAAUCCAGAAUCCAGAGAGGGUUCACUUCCCGCUGCCUGCAAGGUUGUUUUUGAAGAGGUAACGGCUUCCUCAGUCAAAAUAAUUUUGAUUGAAAUGUCAAAUGCAUCUUCUGGGGGCAUUAAGGGAUACAAGCUCUGGUAUUACAAGAGUAGGGAGGAAUCACACACUAAAGAUCCUGUUUGUGUGUUUCCCAAAGCUCAGAGAAGGAUCCUGUUAACCAACCUCCAGCCUUGCACAGAAUAUACAUUUCGGAUUGUUUCUUUUACAGAUAUGGGUGACCUUGGUCAUUCUGAGGCUAAAUGUUUCACCAAGAGCGUUGAGAUAUUGGAAAAGAAUUCAUCUUCAUCGGUUGCUGUGAAUCAAAAAAAGGAGAACCUUCAAGCUGAAUGUAAUUCUUCUGGCUCCAAAUUGGAGCCCAAUCCCACAACGGCAGACUCUGGAUUUAAGGUUCGAGACCUUGGGAAAAUAUUGCAUCUUACUUGGGCUCAAGAACAAGGUAGCUUUGAGGGUUUUUGCUGUGCUGACAAAAGAAAUUGCUGUGGGCAAUGUGAAACUAUCAAGCCUAGCAAACCACAAGAGCAGUUACCUUCAGUUUCGCGAGACCUCGAUCUAAAUGUUGUUUCAGUGCCUGAUUUAAACGAAGAACUGACACCUCCGUUUGAGUCUUCCAGGGAUGAAGAUAAUGGUUGUACUUUGCACCAGGCUGUUGAGGCAGAUGAUGAUGCUGCUUCUCAUGAUUUAGACAAAAAUUUAGCAAGAUCACAUGGUAGUGGGGGUUCCCAAACAUGGAACCAUGGACAAACAGGAGAAGUUCCAGCUGUUGACUCACGUGGAGACGCAAGUAGGAAAAGGAUAGCAAGCACAAAUGAAGAGACACAUGAUUGUGACAGCACUCUGAUAAAUGGCUCUCCUUUACGUCCAUCUGAUGGUCCAUUCUCUUUAGAUGAAAACUUUGAGUAUUGUGUAAAAGUAAUUCGCUGGCUAGAAUGCCAGGGUCAUAUCAAGCAGGAAUUUAGGUUGAAAUUGCUGACAUGGUUUAGUUUGAGGUCGACAGAGCAAGAACGUAGGGUGGUAAAUACUUUCAUUCAAACUCUGAUUGAUGAUCCUAGUAGUUUGGCCGGGCAACUAGUGGACUCAUUUUCUGACAUUAUAUCCAACAAGAGGCCAAGAAAUGGGUUCUGCAACAAGACUGUGACAUCAACUUAA